UAGAAGAGUCUAAAUCUAUCAACAGCAGCAGCAGGUGUUUUUCGAACUUUUUUCUUCUCCUCUCUUUUCGAAACUUAUCCCCAUUCCGUUCUACUAGAAACAGCAUCAGCCUCCGCGUGGAUAAAGAUGAUAUCAAAUAACCUAAAAUGAGCCAAAUAAACCACGACGGCGUAGCGGGGGCGCAAGACCAAGAGGACGGUAAACAAAAAGUGGUGGACGACAACUUUUUGUUCACAGACGACGAAGAUGUGUUGGACACCACCGAGGAGAACGUGUCCUCUUCGGAUGAAGAACACAACAACUCCACCGGCGCAGCACGACGGCGCCCGCGGUCAACAUCUAGUCCAUCAUCUUGCCUGUCGUCCACCCCAAGAGUUAUGUCAAAGAACCGCGAAGAUGAAGAAGAAGAUGAGGAUGAUGAUGAUGAUGAUGAUGAGCAAUUACAUCUCCACGACCUAGAAUCAGCCUCGUCCAAGAAUUUCCUCUUCCCCCCCAAGGACCUGCAAGAUGAAGCCGAGGACCUGCAAGAGGAGCUGGACCGGCAGCGCAAUGUAAACCAGACGGUGCAGCUGCAUCGCAAAAAAACCGUGAACCUGCACACGUUUGCCGAAGAUUUACAACAGCACGAAGACGGCAUUCUGGCGACUUUUGUUUUCUCGGACGCACUGGACCAGCUUGCGGAUGAAAUGCUGCUGCAGCAGGAAGAAGAACCAGUAAAAAAUCUUAAAAGCGCAUCAAGCGACCAACAAGAACCGCAACCGGCUCUACUCCGCAGUAUUGCAACCGCGGGUUGGAAAUGGUUGUGCGAGAACUUCUACGGUAGCGGGGCCGCGGGGACGAGGAGUAGAUCCUCUUCUGCUCCUGACGAGGAAGCUCCAAACCACCUUCUCCACGACUUCGUUCUUUCUUCGGAAAAAACGAGGCGAGGACUGGAACUGCUGUUUGGAAUUGUAGGAGAAGAAGAUCAAGAAGAAGAACAAAACGGCAGCAGUUCCUCCCAAAGGCAAAGAAGUGGUGGAAGAAGGACGAACCGCAAGCAGAUGAACCAGGUAGACGAACAAAAACUGUUGAUCAAAGAGCAAAAGUUCCUGUUCCACUUACACAAAACCUACCACGAGAAAUACAGCGAGACACAGCUGCUCGAAGAUCCGGUGAGCGAUUCGUGCCCGCCAUCUGCAGACGUGAGCGGGCUGCAAUUUGAGACGUUAACCGACGACAUUGACUUCUUCCUACAACUACGUAGGAAAAACGCGCAUCUGCUGCCUUCCUUCUAUAAUUCCCUCGAAGGACCACGACGACCUGGAGCACGAAAUAAAAUCGGAACGACGUCGGAAGAAAACAAGAACAGACGUCUUGACGCCGAGCGAAUGAUGCAAGGGCGAGAUGAAAUCGUCCAGGAGCUCGAAAGCCUCCCGGUUCCCGAAACAAGCUUACUUGAAUUCAGCUACGAGAGGCGAAAGGAGCGGUUUCAGCACUACAAAUCCGCUUGCUAUAAUUCCGCGCUUUUGUUCAACCCUUGUCUAAAGGUCAUCCCGCGGGGCUCGGCGGGAUCGCAAAUGAAGAGGCCCAUCCAUCAGGUUCAGUGCCCGCAUGUUGCGAAGUUCACGGAGCGGCAGCAAUUCAAGUUGAUGCGGGAAAAAAGCUUGCUAAUGCG